UCUUUUCUAUUUUUAGGUGUCUACGUUUAUAGUUGCAACAUAAUGGCUGUCUCUAUAAAAGAAUGCCUUGAGCUUCAGCUGUUGGAGAUGGAAAUGCUUUUUUCAAUGUUUCCUAAUAAAGGAGAAAUAAACCUUCGGGACCAAAAUGCUCUUACCUGCAUACAGCUCUAUUUGAAGAACACAAAGGAAGAGCUACCACCUCAAAUUGACUGUUCCAUUUCUGUUAACAUAGAUGAGCCAAAGGUAAAAGUAGAUUUGCAGGUAACCUUGCCUCACACGUACCCUUAUUCUGCACCACAGCUGUUUGUAAGAUCAAAUGCACUAGACAGAGAGCAACAACUACAGCUUAACAAGCAUCUCACUUCUCAUCUCAGUUCUUUGAAUACGGGAGAAUUGUGCAUAUGUACAGCUCUGCAGUGGAUUCAAGACAAUACCACACCUUACUUCCAAAAAAGAAAGGUCUCUUCUGAAGCAGCUCCAAAAGAAAAGGCAGUUAAAAGAAUAUUUCAUCGAAUGUGGAUCUAUAGCCAUCAUAUAUAUAGGCAGGAACUGAGAAAGAAGAUUUUUGAUUGUGCAAAGCAGUUAAAUCUGACUGGUUUCUGCCUGACAGGAAAACCUGGUAUCAUCUGUGUGGAGGGGAUAAAAGAAAACUGUGAGGAGUUCUGGCAUGUUAUUAGAUAUCCCAACUGGAAACACAUUUCAUGCAAGCAUGUCGAGAACAUAGAAACUCAGGGUAAUGGGGAUAACCUUCGACUCUUCACUACUUUUGAAGAUUUACAGUUUCAAGCACACGGUGAUUAUGGACUGAGGAAUGACUAUCACAUGGAUCUUGGUCAAUUCCUAGAAUUCUUGAAACAGCAUCAAAGUGAACAUGUUUUUCAGAUACUAUUUGGUGUUGAAGGCAAACAGUCAGACAACUAAAUCUAGUUCCAUGAACAGUUUUAAAGUUGUGCAACUUAAUAUAAAUAAUAAUUGUUAAAGUCUUCCAUAGAUAUGCUGUAAUAAAAAAAUCAAUAUAGUGUUUUGCAACCAUUAACAAUAAAGGACCUGUGUAACAUAGGAAAAGCACAGCGUAUUUUUCCAUCUGUUCUAAACAUCUCGUAACACUUCUGAAGUGCACAAGCUAGUGUACUUAAUGCUAUAUGUCAGCAUUUCCCAACCUUUUCCAUCCCAUGGCACACUUACAUGAAUAAAACACGUUGCAGCACACUGGAUGCAGAGCAU